AUGGAAGGUCUUUUCGAUAGAUUUCUUUUCAGGAGGGAAUGGAGUGAUGGAAAGGUAGAUAAUGUCCUCGAGUACGCCAACAGUGGGAGGGCAAAAUUGUUCCAGACGGGUGAAUUUACCUCCUUCUCUGUGAAAGAGUCUCAUCAGGAUGAUGUGAAGCAUCUUCCUACUGGGGCACGUACACUACUCCUCAAUGUUAGUGCUAAUGAGGUUGUAGUGCGUGGUGUCAAUAAGUUUUUUGAUAUUGAAGAUGUCGAAAUGGAUAUUCUAGAUAAUAAGGAAUUCUGGAAAUUAGGGUGUGUAUGGCUUCAAAGGAAAAUGGCCGGUUUUACUGUUACGCUUUUUUCACUUGAUGGUGAAUCUGUUGGUGUUUCAACAAAGCAUGUUGUGGAGGGACCACAUGUUGAUGUUGCACGUCGUGUGUUAAAUAAUUUAUUAAAUACUGAGCAACAGAAACACUUGGCAUCGGAAUUAUUUUUGAGGGAACUUGCAGUUAGUUGUGAGUGUAUUUCUGCAGAGAAUGAUCCACAUCAUCCCGUGAUGGAGGAAGAAAAAUACAAUAAUAAUUUGUUGGUUUUCUCAGUUCACAAACGAAAUGAUUUGCGGGAGAUCAAUAUACCCUUUGAGAUAAUGCAGUCUAUGGUCCUUUCCUGGGGUCUGUCUGUAGUGCCUUGUUGGUCUGUAGAGAGCACGGAUAAUUUACAUAAUUGGUUGCGGGAAAGAGAGCGUUGGGUUGGAAAAGAUCCAGAUGGGACACCUCUUGCUGAAGGAUACGUCCUUAUUAUGGAGAUACCUACGUCACGUCUUGCACCAUUGGUAACAAUUGAGGGACCUUUCACUAUUGUUCCUCUUCGCUUAAAAGCAAAAAGUGUAAAAUACCGUGUGUUACGGUCUUUACGUUCUAUUGCGUUAGGGGAUUCUACGGCACCCCUACAACUUUUUCACGAAGUUCUCAUAGCUUGGUCAUUAAACCUUGGUGGAUUUAAAUGUUUUCGUCGUGCUGUUGAAGAACAUGGUAUUUUCAAGAUUUAUUUACAGUUUGAAGCUUAUGUCAAGGAACGAAUCAGUAUAAGACAUCGCGGAAGUGUGAUGAAUAUUGGACAAGCCUUUGAAAAACUUUUAGAAUUCACAGAAUGUGAAACUUGUGCAAAGCAGUAUACACCCCUUCAUGUUAUAAUGCUAUGCGGUCUUCCUGGAUCAGGAAAGUCAACACUGGCCCGUGCUUUGACUGAAGAGGCAGAGCGAGGUUGCUCUCUCUUCCAGUACGUCAUAAAUUUAAAUCGGGAUCAAAUAUCUAGUGAUGUUGCAGCACAAGAGGGUAUUGAUAACUCUUGUAGCAAACAUAAGCAGAGAAAAUUGAGAUCCAUGGUGCAUCAUGCUAUGCUUGUAGCAAUAAACCGAGUGAUUUUAUUCUCACUUUUUCAGAAGGGACCUGGUUUACUUAUUAUGGAUGCUUGUAAUGCUAGAUCAGAGACUCGGCGUCUGUGGCGUAAUAUGUUGCCUAAAAAAGUAGAUAGUUUUCGCUUAAUUUAUGUUACAUGUAGCGAUCACGUUGAACAUAUGCGACGACUUGCAGAGAGACAAGAUCAUGAUGUAAUUCACGAUGUAUCGGAGGCACAAGCAGCUUUAUACGCAGUAAAAAAAGCUUUUGUAGAACCUAUGGAAAAUGAACCAUGUGUGCAUUUGGAUACAUCAAACUCUUUAGUGUCUGAAAUGGCACGGAACAUUUUGUCGUACUAUGAAAACGACCAGAAACGUCAUGCCUCCAUAUAUGAUUACCGACAGUUAGAAGAUAAUCUGAAGAAUAAUCGAAAGUUAUUUAUUGACUCACUUAUCGGUCCUUUUGACGUGGAUGCUUCACCACUUCUCAUGAGAUCUUAUAAGCGAGUCAAAAGGGCUAGUACUAUGGUUGUGCGACUUGAAACUCCCUUUAAUAAAUUACUUGACAUUGCAGCAGAAGUUAUUAGGAAUGCUACAGAACCUGAAAUUGCUACUCUCAGCUGGUGGGAAAAGUGUAAACGGGCCCUCAGUUUUUUUCCAAUACAUCUUACAGGGAAAGUUGAAGGCCAUACACGCUGGAUUCGAGGAUGGCUUCUUGACGGUUGUGAUACUAGUAAACCUCUACCAACUGAGGUUUGGUCUCAAGCUCUUGAGGAACGCUUUGAGUGCAGGUCUUUAUCUCCCCAUGUUACACUUCUCUAUGACACUACAGGUGCAGAGACAUCUUCAUCUGAUCCUACACCUGGUAGUGUUGCUGAGGUUACACUUGACGAUGUCCUGCUGGAUCGCUCCGCUUUGUGUUUUGGAGUAACCGUUACAAUAAAUGGAAAAAGCUACGUGAGUCAACUGAGUUCAACAGAGUUAAUUCCCUUACAUGUCACCCUUGGACACACGGCGCAGGUAAAGUCCUCCUAUGCUGGGAUGAUGUUUGAUCUUUUCCAGCAAUGGGGAGAACAUAAUAAGGAACUUGAACAGACAAAGCAUGGUGCUUCAGUAAAACGAAGUCGUCUGAAGUUUUUUAAUUUUUUGAAAGUCCGUCUAGAGAAGUCGAUUUCUCUGAAGGGCGUCGUCGUUGUCGAAACGUGA